GUGUAGCGCCGAUUUUGCUAUGUUCUCACCUCUUUCAAUAAUGAAAUGAUCUAAACAAACCUAACGAGGAAAAUAUGAAGCAGAAAGAAGGAAACCCUUGAUUGGAAACGCUGCAAAAUUUCUGAUACAAAAAGUUUCAGACACUUGCGAAAACUACAAUGAGGAGCAAUAGCCCAUACGUCGCUGGCCAUGUUAAGGGACGAAGACUCACCAGGCUGAGUCAAAAGCAGGAGAUUGAAGAUGUCAUAAAUGUGCAUGCGAAUAAUGAUGAGCACACAGAGACUUAUGAAGAAAAUGUCUACGGAGAAGAUUCUUGUGCUGGUUAUAACCAAAAUGAGGGAAAAGAAGCUGCUCCCGACACUUCUGAAAUCGAGGUUCCUUCCCUCGGGUGCACUAUUAAGAAGGAGUGUUUCCCGACCAUGAAGUUGACACUUAAAUCCUCUCUUGGGAAGUGUCAAAAGGCCAUCAAGGAGGGACUGGCACAUCAUCCUGAAGUGCUGGAUUCUUUCAAGCAUAGUAGCCCUUUUGGAAACUACUUGGAUGUGGAGUUUAUUCCUCCCCCGCUGAUGAUUUGGGAGAUUCUCUCUAGGGAAUCAAAGGUUGAGAGAGAUGGAGAACUUUGGUUUGUAGUCCAUGGAGUACCGGUUAGGUACUCAUUGAUGGAGUUUGCACUUAUCAGUGGCCUGAACUGCUCGGAGUUGAAUACGGAGUUCGAAGCAUUAUAUGAUGCGAAUGCUCGGAAAAAUUUUCUUGAAGCUCACUUCCCUUUGGUACUCCGGGACAAGAAGUCUAUUGGAGUUACAUACAACAUGGUAGUCAAAUGCUUCAACGAAGUAUGUAAGCUCUUGGAUAACAAGGAUGAUGAGAACAAGAAAAAGACCCAGAUUGAUGCUGUGAGAAUGGCCACACUUCUCUUCAUUGUUGUGGUACUUCUAGCUCCAGCGGAUCACGAGAAGUUUGUUAUCCCCGAUUGGAUAUUGGGGUUAGUUGGUCAAUGGAAAUCACUAUGUAACUUCCCCUGGGGAACUUGGGCAUUUAUGGAGUCUUUGGUGUCCCUAAAGAAAGAUCUGGUCUCCAAGGCUGAGAGUUUGCACAAUGGUGGCUCUGCAACCAUCUACUACAUUGGUUUUGUGCUUCCCCUCGGUAUCCUAUUACUCGAGAGUUGUUCAGACUUCGCUGCAAGGUUUGCAAUGAGGAGGCAGCAGACUUCCCCAGCACAACCAAGGAUUUGCUUAUGGAAGGGUAUCUCAAACAAGAAGAAGAUAACCCAUAAAGAAGUUGAAAAUUCUAUGAAUGACGUUCAAAGUGUGCAAAGCAUCCUCUGUCCUGACAAAGAGUCUGAAGAACACCUUAAAGAUUUAGCUGAGCAUCUUGUGAUGCAUAAGAAUUCCGAAGAAUACAAGAAUGAGUUAGCCAAUCACCUGGAAAAGUACAAUGGAUCAAAAGAGCACAAGAAAGACUUGGCUGACCACCUUGAGGAGUACAAGAAAUCUGAAGAGUACCAGAAAGAAUUGGCUGAUCACGAAAAUGCAUUUUUACAGACCGAACGGUUCAAGGAUAUUGUUGCCAAGGAAGUUGUCCGAUCUUUCAUACAAGGAGUGUCAAUUGCUCAAUGUCGGGUCUACGAUGCCCUUCGCAAACGUUGUCCAGACUUUGAUGUUGCUUCUUGGGGCCUUCCGGCGCAAAUUGAAGAUCCCACAGGAGUUCCUCCAGCACCCAACCUUGUGGAUGGGAUUCUCCCUGUUCCUCUUGGAUUUCCUCCUUCCAUUCCUAAUUCUUAUCUUUAGGAGAUUGUGAAUGACCCAAUCAUGGGCUCUGAUGGGAUGCGCCGUGACCAUACAAAGAUGCUGCAGUUUAAGGUAUUAGCAAGCGUAAGAGCCCUUCCCAGAGGCAACCAACAUGGAAAGAAAUGGACCUCACUCCCAUUCUCCAUAUAUAAACCCCGGUUUUCUACUUCUACGCUUAAUUUUCUUCAACCAUUGAUCCCUCAUGAUCAGAAAGGGAAGAUGUAUGCUGACGGUGGUGGU